AUGAAAGAAAGACCCAAGAUGAGGGAGGGUGUUUUGGGGAGACCCAUUGCCCAGCUUGCCAUGUUGUUCAUUUCGUUGAAGGCGGUUGAAGCAAAGGACGUUGCGGGUCCAGAAAGAGUGACUCUAGGACAGAAGCUCGGGAAAUUGUCGGCUGGAGAGAAAAUGUUUGCUCUACUUGGGGUAUUGGCGGUGCUCUGCCUUUUCAUAGCGACUGUGAUAUCCUCGGUGAAUAGUUCCAUGUAUGAUAUGGCUGCCAGGGCCUUUGUCUAUAUCUGCUCAGUUUUCGGUUGCGUUUUCUUGAUUGCGUUCUUUGUUUGCGGGUGCUACCUAUAUCACUCGGAUGGGAGCGUGACACAGUGCCAGAAGGGCUGUCUGUUACUGGGAAUCCUCUUGUUCACCGGAUCGUUGAUAUUGAUUCUCUUGGAAAUAUCUACCACCAUGUCCAGCGGUGUGGCUGACAUUAGUAAUGUUUCUGAUAAGGUAAAAUAUGCAAUGUGCGCCUUUAUUGGCCUCUGUUUCAUUUUCUUCGUCACGUUCAUUUUCACCGCCUGCCGUCAAUGCCAUUUCAAGCGACGAUUCGGCUUGUGCCACAUAAUGUUUAUCGCACUGGCAUUGUUGAUCGUGUUGUGUUUGUUCGCGACACUUGGAUGCAUUGCCGGUGGAUUACUUAAAUUUUCUUCGGUUCAGGGUAGUGGGUCCUUAAAUCCAUUACCUGCGGUCAUAACCCUAUACUUUAUUUUCAUCAUUGCACUGCUGUCACUAUCUUGUUACAUGGGUUUCUAUGGAGAUCACUUCACUUUCACUGAAAUCGCAUUUGGAACCCUCGGGAUCGUAAUUGUCAUAUGCUUCGUUGCCCUAGUUGUCUUCAGAUUGAUGGAUCCAACUGAAUAUUCGCCAACCGCGCAGGUGACAAGUCUUCUCAUCCUAGAAUUCCUUCUCCUCAUCCCAUUCUUGUACUGCGCCUAUCGCUUAUGUCUUCUCGACCCUGUCAUCGCAUUCUUCAAACGUAGUCCCCAAACUGACAAGGCCCACGCCCACAAUUUAAUUGGUGACGUCACUGACUCAUCUGGAAAUGCGGUCGAAACGGACAACUAA